UCUCAGUGUGAGUGCUCGGGGGCUGUUUACUCCAGCUCUCUCUCUCGCUCUCUCUCUUGCUCUCUCUCUCUUUCUCUCUCUCCCUCUGUGUGUGUGUGCUUUGCCAGUCACUUUACACUGUGCUCUCAGACACAUACAGUUGUUCAGGCUUCCUGCUGUACUACAGGCUCCAAGGAUAUAAUCUCCACCACACAACGCAACGUUGUGGAUCCUUUUGUUUACGGACGUACCCCGCUGCACCUGGCUGCCUACAAGGGCCACACUGAAGUGGUGCGCAUUCUGCUGAAGGCAGGCUGUGAUCUGGACAUUCAGGAUGAUAGUGAGCAGACAGCCCUGCAUCGUGCAGCAGUAGUGGGGAACACUGAUGUCAUCUCGGCUCUGCUCCAGGAGGGGUGUGCUCUGGAUCGACAGGACAAGGAUGGUAACACUGCUUUGCAUGAAGUUUCUUGGCAUGGAUUCAGUCAGUCUGUCAAACUGCUGGUCAAGGCAGGGGCAAAUAUUCAAGCAAAGAAUAAGGCUGGGAACACAGCUCUGCACCUCGCCUGUCAGAAUGGCCAUUCCCAGAGCUGCAGGCUGCUGCUUCUGGGUGGAUCCAGGUCAGACACCAAGAACAGUGUGGGUGAGACAUGUUUGCAUGUUGCUGCCCGCUACAAUCAUGUGACCAUAAUUACAAUACUCCUCAGUGCUUUGUGUUCUGUUAGUGACAAGAAUCAGGCAGGGGACACACCACUCCAUAUUGCUGCAUCUCUAAACCACAAGAAAACAGCAAGGCUUCUGCUGGAAGCAGGGACAGAUUCAACCACUUUAAACAAUGCAGGUCAGACUCCCCUGGAUCUGGCCAGAGAGCAGAACAGCCCUGAAGUGGCCUUGCUUCUCACCAAAGCUCCGCAGGUCCAGAGCUUCAGUCGAGGCAGAAGUGUGAGGAAGAGAAGAGACAAGUUAAAAGAAGAGCGGCGAGCACAUUCUGUGCCCAGGGAUGAAAUGUUACCCACGAAGGGGAGUGUGGCAGACGACACCCACAGCAGUGACCGCCCGCCGUCCGAAAGAGGAGACCGCAAGUACGAGCCCCGAACAAAGAAGGAUAAGAAGAAAAAGAAGGAGGAGAAGGAGAAGGGACCUCCUAAAAACAACCGUGAGCAGCUUCCCUCUGCAUUGUCAGAGCCCGCCCCCAGGAAAGACACCCAACACCGUGAGACCAAUCAGAAGAAGAGAAACAAACAGAAUGGCCCCUCCCUGCAGCCACCCCACAGUUAUAAGGCCUACCAGCUCUACACACUGUACAGGGGGAAGGAUGGAAAGGUCAUGCAGGCCCCAAUAAACGGCUGUCGCUGUGAACCCCUAAUUAACAAACUGGAAAACCAGCUGGAAGCCACCAAAGAAGAGAUAAAGUCUGAGAUUCAGACUGUCCAGGAACGCAUGAACAGCAAACUGGGGCAGCUCGAUCACAAGAACAAACUGCAGUUAAAGGUAAUGGAUAAGAUGACCUUGGAAAGAUUAUCUGCAGAAAGAACAGAGUGUCUCCAUCGCAUUGACCAGCGGGCUGUUCUGGAGAAGCUGGAGGUGGAAAAGAAACAGGCAUCUGUAGUCAAUGAAUUGAAAAACUGGUGCAUGUCUAAGAUCCAGAACAUUGAGGUGCGGCUUUCUGGAGAUUCCAGAAAUUCAAAACCCAAGUCCUCUGCUUUUCAGGCCCUUACUGAGAGCCAAACCACCGAGAGUAACCCGAGCCCUCGAGACAAUGGCCUCAGUGGGGCUGCCUCCCUCCCAUCUGGAGAGGCCAGGCAGCACAGCCUAGCCAAGGAGGGCUCAGGGAAAGAGUACUUUGUGGUUCAGGAAGACAGCCCACCAGAUGUGAAACAGCAGCCCCUGCUGAUUGAGUUCACCGCACCCGUUUCAAGCACACCCAUAGCUACGUCUCCCAGAGUCGUUCGGCCCAAAGAGAGGACAUCUGCCUCUGCUGCCUGCAGUAGGACACAGGGGGAACUGCAAGAGACAGAGACCCCAGCUUCUCAACCCAGACAAGUGCAGAUAAAAGCUUCAGAGAGCUUCUGCGCAGGAACAAGCAGCCUGUCUCCACCUACUGAGAGUCCCAGCAGCAGACAGAGACAAGACGGGGGGAGACAUCCGAGGAGACACUCCCAAGGAAGGACCGACCUUCCCAAACCCAAGCCAAGCCAGGCCAGGCCUCCAGAGCUCCCCGCCCCCCAGCAGGAGCGGGACACCCUGCAUGCUCUGGAGAUCACGCAGUACUUCUUUGAGGCCGUCGCCAAGCAGAUGGAGAAGUGGUACGAGCACAAGAUCGAGGAGGCUCGUUCCCAGUGUGAGCAGAAAGCCCAGCAGGACAGAGCAGCUCUACAGGAGCGAGUCCUCGGUCUGGAGGAGGAGCUCCGAAUGCUACGGACUAACAUGCACGAGGAGAGCUAGCAGAGAGAUAGGGAAUGUGUGCACGACUAGUCCGUUCCGCGAAAACAUAGUUACAGUAUAGGCAUUCACCUCGAGUUUAGAUUUUUCAUCAAACGGUACAUCGUCCUAUACGGAGUGAAAAAAAGGAAAGAAAAGAGUUUUAAUAUAUUUCAAAAGUUUGUUACCUCUUAUUAGCCCAUGAUGAAAAAAAAAAAUGUUGUCCACUUUGGAGCAUGUAAAGUUACAAAGCAGUCAAUAAAGUCUGCUUUCUAAUGUGAAAGAGUGCAGACUAAUUUAUGGAAGAAUGCAGUAAGCAAAUACCAAGCAAUGUUGCAUGAUUGUUGUAAGACUGCAGGUUACAUUUCUGGUUAAUGGAACCCAGGUGGCUCUGUAUUGGAUAUUCAGACUAAAUGGGCAGCCGGAAACAAUUUGUUAAUCUAAAAUAUGAAACAAACAAAAAUAAUAUGAACCCAGAAUUAAUGCAUUAUAUUACAUUUUGAGUGAUAGACGAUGUUGUGUUUUAGGAUGAUGUACAAUCUGAGCUUUUUUAAAACAAGGUUCUUAACACCUUCUACUAACUGGAAUAUCUGGAAAAAGGUUUGGUAACUUCAGUUUUUAUAUAAAUAUGUUUUUUAUUGGCUACUAACAUGAAAGGAGAGAAGUGUUUGUUUUUGUUUUUUUUUCUUUACAAUAGUUUGUAUACGGUGCUAUUCAAAAAGGGCAACACUUAUACUAAACAACAUAUCAUUGCCUACACCCAUUGAAAAAAACACACUGAAUGAGUUGCUAACAAUAAACGGUUAAAAGGGGAAUAAUUAUUAAUUAACGCACGUGCUCCAGUGCAGUUUGCACAAAAAAAAUGACAAAACGUUGUUGACGUGCAUGUAACAACCAGGACUGGGCUCAGUUCCAAUUCUCAUUCCCUUCUAAUCAAUUCCAACACAUCAUUGAUUAAAACUUGCAAUCGUCGUAUUCUGUUAAAAUGAGCUUCUCACAGUAGCAACAAAGUACUGAAACUGAAGUCACUGUUAGUCAAUUAAAUUGGAUUCAAAUAACAGCGGUUGCACAAUCACAACAAUUAUGAUGUCUUUAAAAUAUAAAUUCGGAUUCCAAACCCUUCGAAGGAAUUGGAAUUUGGAAACAGAAAUUGACCCCAACCCUGGUAGGAACCCAUUGUUUACCAGCUAUUAUGCCAAUGUGAACAGUCCCACAUAUGUUUCUGUGUCACAAUGAGACAGUGAUUUGCAUGCGGUUACUGGUUGAGGCAAAACAGAACUGGAAAACUAUGUUCUGGCUUUCCUUCGGUUUCUGUCACGUUAAUUCAUCACUAGAAGGCAUUUCAGCACCGGGCAUGCCAGCCAACUUCGUAACACAAUAGUAAAUCGAACCCUUAGCCUGACAUGACUAUAUCACGUAGAGGCUGACCAGACAGCGCUCUAUUGCGGACUGAAGUGUUAAACUUCAUGAGAGUGUUUCAGUCUACCACGGGACUAAUGUACUGACAAAUCCUGUUGUGUUUUUUGUUUUGUUUUUUUGUAGUGUUAGAUUUGUAUAUACAAAUUUCUAUUUUCUGUUUUUCAGUGUGGAGUAAAAACUGUGAAAUGCAGGUAUAAGCUUGGUUACUUUGUCAUCAGGAGCUGUGUGAGUAAAACAAAUAGAUUUACAUCACAACAUACAUCUCUCCAAUAUGCACCUGAAUGUUCAUCAGCCAAACUGUUUAUUUAAAUAAACAUUCUCUUUGUG